CCAGAUACGGCCACCGUCCUUUUAAAAGCCAAGUUACAGAUUUCUGUAAUACUCAACUUUAACUCCUCGAAUGCAGAUGGCACAUUAUGAAUUUGUUUAGAGAUAAUAUUAUUCCGUUAAUUUAACCACUACAUGUUAUAUUUUCACUUGUUAGUGUGUGAAAAUUACACUUUAUUGAGUUCGACUUUUUUCAGUGUGUGACAUGGAUGAUUCGAGGUAUUGGAAAAGACCACUGAAAUUCCAUGAGUUGUUGGAGGAAAUUGCAAAUCUCGAUGCAGAAAUACCGAAUAAUAUUUACAUAUUGCCUCCUGAGAAUGCAAAUGAAGAAAUCACAGAUGAAGAUUCCGGGGAUGAAGAGACCGUGAAUAUGAACAACUUACCUGGAAGUCAGCUGCGUGCCGAAGUACAAGUAAGUUUUGAGGAACGUACUCAAACUCCGGAACCUCAAACUCCGGAACUAGAGAGCGAUCUUUGGGAUAGUGAAGAUGAUUUACCUUUGUCCGUUUUCCGUACUAAAGAAACUGGCUCGAAAAAAAAGAAGCGCAUUUACAAAUGGUUGCAAACAGACAUAAAUUCAGAUUUUUCUUUGUGGAAUGAUAUUUAUGGACCAAAAAUAUCCUACACGCCUUUAGAGGCAUUUCAUUUAUUUUUUGACUCUGAAAUCAUCGCUAUGUUGGUGCAUUAUAGCAAUCUAUAUGCUACGUCUCAUAACCGCAAUGGAGACAUUUCUGGCAAUGAAAUGCGCUGUUUUUUAGGGGUACUCUUGCUUAGUGGGUAUUCUGGUCAUCCUAGGCGUGAAAUGUAUUGGGAGAAAUCCAAAGAUACAAAUAACCAACUUGUUUGUGAAGCCAUAUCUAGGAAUAGGUUCAAGUAUAUUAUACAAAAUUUACAUUGCUGCGACAAUAAUAAUUUGUUGAAUACUAAUGAUAAGUUUGCUAAGAUUCGCCCUCUUAUUGACGCACUAAAUAAAAGAUUUAUCGACUUUGCACCCUUUCAGGAGAAUCAUAGUGUAGAUGAAAGUAUGGUUCCAUAUUUUGGACGCCAUGGAACCAAGCAGUUCAUCAAAGGAAAGCCCAUCAGAUGGGGUUAUAAGUUUUGGGCCGGUACUACGAAAACUGGUUAUGUUGAAUGGUUUGAGCCUUACCAGGGUUCGACAACAAUUAUUGCGGAUGAAUAUAAAGAAUUAGGUCUUGGAGCUAGUGUAAUUCUACAGUUUGCUCAUGUUCUUCAAGAAAGAUUUCCCAAUACUCCGUUCCACUUAUAUUUUGACAAUUUUUUUACUACACUUGCUUUGUUGGAAAAACUGACAGAUAUGGGUUUGAAGGGAACUGGAACUAUCAGAGAAAAUCGUUUAGGCAAAGAGUGCAUUUUGACUCAUUCUAGCAUUUUGAAAAAAAAAGAUAGAGGUUUAUUUGAAUUUUGUACUUCAGAUGAUAACAAAAUAAUCUUAUGCAAGUGGCAUGACAAUAGUGUUGUCACGAUUGCUUCAAAUGCCACCAAAGUUAUGCCAACUUUACCUGUAAAACGAUUUUCUCAGAAAGAGAAGAAAAAUGUAUAUGUUCCCCAACCUCAUGCUAUAAAAAAAUAUAACGAGAAUAUGGGAGGGGUUGAUAGAGCGGACCAGAACAUUAGUCUAUAUAGAACGUCAAUAAGAGGAAAAAAAUGGUAUUUUCCCCUAAUUUGCCACUGUCUAGAUAUGGCUUUACAUAACGCGUGGCAGCUUUAUCGAGAAAGUAAUGGCAAAAAGGACCAUUUACAUUUCAGGCAGUCAGUUGCUCUCGGUAUUUUAGAAACUUUUAAAAAAUCAUCGAAAAGAGGCCCUAGUCGCAAUUCUGCUAAUUUACAUGAGCAUUCGAGAUAUGACCGACUAGACCAUUUAGUUACUUAUCAAGAAAAACAGACAAGGUGUGGUAUUUGUCAUAAAAAAUGUAAUUUCACCUGUCAGAAAUGUGAAAUUGCAUUACAUCCUAAAAAUUGUUUUGUGAGUUAUCAUACAGCUUAACAUUUUGUUCUAUUAUAUUCAUUUGCUUUCUAAUAAACGCUUUUUAAAGAAGGUUGUGUAUUUGUCCACCGUCCUUUUAAAAGAACACCUGUUUUUGAAAAAACCUGCAAAUAUUUUUGAAAAAACCGCCUACUACAUCGUUGGUAUAUUAUAUUUAGCACUAAAAAAAACAUAAUAUCAACUAAUUUGAAAAUUAAUAGUUUUGGCCUUAUC